CGCAGACUGACAUCCCUGGCGGUGCUGGGCUGGCCUUGCGGCGCGGGCCUUUCUGUUGCCCCGCGGAGCUAGAGUGAGGACAGGGAUGUAGCUCUAAGGCUUUUUUCUGCUUUUAAAUGGUUUCCAGCAGUACUGCACAGUGAUGAUACCGACUUUUACCACCUUUUAUUAAUAUUGACGCGGUUUGGGUGUUUAGCUUUUGCAAGGAAUGGGAAAUUCGGGAUGGGGAUUUGGGGUGUGAGAAAAUGUGAUUUAUAAUGUUUAAAACUGUUCCAUGCACAAAUGUAAGUGAUUCACCCACAUUAUUGAACCCCACGAAGUCCUACCCUUCUUGUCCGUAUUCCUAUCCCGACCUCGUCUGUACCGUUAUUACCCAGCUUGGGUUGGAGGAGAUGCAGUUCUGCUCUUACUCAACGAGGAAUUUUGUUGUCAGAGACUAAAAGGAGGUUGUCGUAAUUGACUUUAAGCAGCAAACAGUAAAACACUGAGCUCUUCAGCUCCACCUUCCUUGCUCUGAGAAUUGGAAAACCAAGAAGGUUUUGAUGUUUUGUGUGGCGCCACCUGAAUCAGAAGCCAAGAUGAACAUAACCAAAGGGGGUCUGGUGUUGUUUUCGGCAAAUUCUAAUUCAUCAUGUAUGGAGCUUUCAAAGAAGAUCGCUGAGCGGCUGGGGGUGGAGAUGGGCAAAGUGCAGGUUUACCAGGAGCCUGACAGAGAAACAAGAGUACAAAUUCAAGAGUCUGUGAGGGGGAAAGAUGUUUUCAUCAUCCAAACUGUUUCAAAGGAUGUGAACACCACCAUCAUGGAGCUCCUUAUCAUGGUGUACGCGUGUAAGACCUCCUGUGCCAAAAGCAUCAUCGGCGUGAUCCCCUACUUUCCUUACAGCAAACAGUGCAAGAUGAGAAAGAGAGGCUCCAUUGUUUCUAAACUGCUAGCUUCCAUGAUGUGCAAAGCUGGUCUGACUCAUCUUAUUACUAUGGAUUUACACCAGAAGGAAAUUCAGGGCUUCUUCAAUAUUCCUGUUGAUAAUUUAAGAGCAUCUCCCUUCUUAUUACAGUAUAUUCAAGAAGAGAUCCCGGAUUACAGAAAUGCAGUGAUCGUGGCCAAGUCUCCAGCCUCGGCUAAGAGGGCACAGUCUUUUGCUGAGCGCCUGCGACUGGGCAUCGCGGUGAUUCACGGAGAAGCGCAGGACGCCGAGUCCGACCUGGUGGACGGGCGGCAUUCCCCGCCCAUGGUCAGGAGCGCCGCCGCCAUCCACCCCAGCCUCGAGAUCCCCAUGCUCAUCCCCAAGGAGAAGCCCCCGAUCACAGUGGUCGGUGACGUGGGAGGAAGGACCGCCGUCAUUGUGGACGACAUUAUUGAUGAUGUGGACAGCUUCCUCGCUGCAGCAGAGACCCUGAAGGAAAGGGGUGCGUAUAAGAUCUUCGUGAUGGCGACUCACGGCUUGUUAUCCUCCGACGCCCCUCGACUGAUCGAGGAAUCUGCCAUCGAUGAGGUGGUGGUUACCAAUACAGUUCCACACGAAAUCCAGAAGCUCCAGUGCCCCAAAAUUAAAACUGUGGAUAUAAGCAUGAUCCUUUCAGAAGCCAUCCGUCGGAUUCACAAUGGACCCUGCACAUUCUCAACGCAUAGUCACUUGACUGCAGCAGGAGAGGAAUUGGAGCACCAGCUGUGAGCCACUGGGGCAGGGUUUUACGGAAGUGUGUGAUGACUCACUAGCUGACUGUCCAGAGAUUUCAGUUGCCACGAACAACAAAGAAUACAGACUUCACAAAAUCAGUUUUGAAAAGCCACUAUGCAGACAAACCCUGUGGAGGGAGAAGAAUCUGAUUUCCAGACUUUCACAUUAUAAUAUUUAAAAUACCAGUUUUCAACAACAAGAAAAAAUUCCGAGGCAUGUAGAGAAACAGGAAGGUUGGGCCCAUACACGGCAUCUUCCUUGAGGAAGCCCAGACUUUAGACCUACUAGACAGAGACUUUAAGUCAACUCUUUCAAACAUGCUCGAGAGCUAAAGGAAAUCAUGGGGAUUAUGUCUCACCAAAUGGAGAACAUCAAUAAGGAGAGAGAAAUAAUAAAAAUGAACCAGACAGAGAGGAUUUGAGGAAGAUGGUGGAGUAGGAAGCACCAGGAAUCUGUCUCUCCACCUAGACAGUUGCAGUGGCAAAUACAUCUGAUGAUUUUGGAAUUCUGGAGUCUAUUGAAGGUUUGCAAUUUCCAGGGGAAGUGUUGCACAGUAGAUUAUAGCUAAUUUUGGUCAAAACCAGCUCUUAGUACAGUUGGAGAUACCCGGCCCCCACUCCCACCCCUGUGGCAGGCAGCUCUGCACAUGCUUCUGGAGUAGUCUGCACCAGCUUGUGGGAGCCAGGAUAGGCAAAAAGGCCCCGUCCUCCAGAUAGCAGGAAUCUGUGCUCUGAUAGCUGAUGUCGGCUUCUGAUCACAGAAGUGCAAAGAGGCUGGUAGCCAUUGUUACGUCACCUCCCCCACUGUUGCAAGCUCCUCCUCCUCCAGUUGAAGAAGGAACAGUGCCUAACUCAUGCUGAGGCCAGCAUUACCCUACUACAAAAAACAGAGACAUUGUAAGAAAGAUGAAGCAAAGUCCAGUAUCUCAAGAACAUAGGUGCAGAGAUCCUCAACAAAAUAUUAGCAGAACAAUUCCAACAGUGUAUAAAAAGAAUUAUGCAUAACCAAGUGGGUUUAUCCCAGAUAUGCAAGGCUGUCUCAACAUUUGAAAAUCAACUCGUGUAAUCCAUCACAUCAACAGACUAAAAAAAGAAAAAUUACAUGAUUAUAUCAAUUGAUGCAGAAAAAUCAUCUGACAAAAUCCAACAUCCAUUCAUGAUAAAAACUGAGUGACAUAGGAGUAGAGAGGGGCAUCUCCUCAUCUUGUUAAAGAAUAUCUUCAAACAAACUACAGUGAACAUCAUACUUAGUGGUGAGAAACGAGAAGCUUUCCCACUAAGAUCAGAAAUAAGGCAAGGAUGUCUCCUCUCAUCACUCUUUUUCAACAUUGUACUGGACAGCCAAGCUAAUGCAAUAAGAGAAAGAUUUAAAAGGUACACAAUUGGGAAGGAAGAAAUAAAACUGCUUUGUUCUCAGAUAAUAUGAUCAUCAAUGUAGAAAAUCUGAAAGAGUAACAAUGCCUCCACCCCAACUCGGAACUAAUAAGUGAUUAUAGUUAGAUUGCAGGAUACAAAGUCAAUUGGUUUUCUAUAUACCAGCAAUGAAUAAGUGGAAUUUGAAAAUAAAGGUACAAUGCCAUAUACUUUAGCACCACAAAUAUGACAUACUUAGGUAUAAAUUUAACAAAAUAUGUAUAAGAUCUAUAUAAGGAAAACUGCAAAACUGAUGAAAAAUCAAAGAACUAAAUGAGAGAUAGUCCAUGUUCAUGGAGAGGAAGACUAAUUGUCAAGAUGUUCUUUCGAACUUGAUCUAAAGAUUGAGUACAAUCCCAGGGACUUCCCUGGUGGUGCGGUGGUUAAGAAUCCAACUGCCAGUACAGGGGAUACGGGUUCGAGCCCUGGUCUAGGAAGAUCCCACAUGCCACAGAGCAACUAAGCCCAUGCGCCACACUUACUGAGCCUGUGCUCUAGAGCCCACGAGCUACAACUACUGAAGCCCAUGCACCUAGAGCCCAUGCUCUGCAACAGAGAGAAGCCACCGCCAUGAGAAGCCCACGCACCACAACGAAGAGUAGCCCCCGCUCACCACAACUAGAGAAAGCCUGUAUGCAGCAACAAAGACCCAGUGCAACCAAAAGUAAAUAAAUAAAAAGAGUCAAUGGAAUCCGAAUCAAAAUCCCACCAAGUUAUUUUGUGGAUUUUGACAAACUGAUCCUAAAGUUUACAUGGAGAGAGAAAAGCCUCAGGAUCACCAAUACAGUAUUGAAGGAGAAGAGCAAGGUUGGAGUAUUCACACUACCCCACUUCAAGACAACUCCAAAACUAAAGCGUAUAGACCGAUUGAACAGAGCACCCAGAAAUAGACCCACAUAUAUAUAGUCAACCAGUCUUUGACAAAGGAGCAAAGGCAACAUAGUGGACCAAAAAUCAUCUUUUCAACAAGUCGUACUUGAAUAGCUGGAUAUUUACAUGGAAAAAAAAAUGAAUGUAGACGUAAGUGUAAAAGUCAAAAACAUAAAAACUCCUAGAAGAAAACCUAGAUGACCUUGAUAUGGCAGUGACUUUUUAGAUAUGACACCAAAGGGAUGGUCCAUGAAAGGAAUAAUUGAUAAACUGGAAUUAACUAAAAUUAAAAACUUUUGCUCUGUGAAAUGCACUGUUAAGAGAGUAAAAGACAUGCCACAGGCAGAAAAAUCUUUGGAAAACACUUAACUGAUAAAAGACUGGUAAAAAGAACAGUUAAAUCUCAAUAAUAAGAAAACAAUAGCCCGAUUAAAAAUUGGGCUGAAGACCUUACAGACACCACCAAAGAAAAUAUACAGAUGGCAAAUAAGCAUAUGAAAAGAUGCUCUCUAUUAUAUGUCUUCAAGGAACUAAAAAUUAAAACAAUGAGAUACACUACACACUUAUUAGAAUGACCAAAAUCUGGAACACUGACAACACCAAAUGCUGACAAGGCCGUGGAGCAACAGGAACUCCGUCAUUGCUAGUGGGAAUGCAAAAUAACCACUUUGGCAGGAAACUAAACACACUUUCACCAUGUUAUCCAGCAAUCAUGCUCCUUGGUAUUUACCCAAAGUAGUCAAAAACACGUCCACAUAAAAACCUGCACAUGGAAUUUUAUAGCAGUUUUAUUCAUAAUUGCCAAAAUUUGGACGCAAUCAAAAUGUCCUUCAGUAAGUGAGUGGAUAAAUAAACUGUGGUACUUCCAGACAGUGGAAUAUUAUUCGAGCAGCAAAAAGAAAUGAGUUAUCCAUGAAACGAUGUGGCGGAAACUAAAAUGAAUCUUAUUAGACAAUCUGAAAAAAGCUAUAAUACUAUACGACGCCAACUAUAUGACAAUCUUUAUGGAGACUAAAAGAUCAGUGGUUGCCAGGGGUUGGUGGGGGGAUGGAGGGAGGACUAGAGAGAGCACAGAAGAUUUUUGUGGCAGUGAAAAAUACUCUAUGAUACUAUAAUGCUGGAUAUAUGUCAUUAUACAUAUGUCUAAACCCACAGAAUGUACAACACCAAGAGUAAACCCUGAUGUAAACUGUGGACUUCGGGUGGUGGUGAUGUGUCCAUGUAUGUUCACCAAUUGUGACAAAUGUACCACUCUGGUGGGGUUGCUGAUAAUGGAGAAAUUGUGCAUGUUGGGGGCUGGGGCCAUGUGGGAAAUCUCUGUACCUACUGCUCAGUAUUGCUGUGAACUUAAAACUGCUCUAAAAAAAUAAAG